AUGACCUCCACCACCCUGAUGCCUGUCCGUGUCUCCCUGCGACGAGAUCCUCACCACGGCCAUUCCCCCGACCAGCCGGACUCCGAGCCACCUGCAAAGCGAGCUCGUCUCCAGACUCAAUCGUCAUCGCGUCGUCGCAAGAGCUCCCCCGAUCUGCUGGACACCACCACGACGGAGAACUCAUCCUCCUCGGCUGCCACACCCUACAAACUCUCGUCUCAUCAUCCCCUGCGCCGGCGGACCUCGACGCGCCGCCCGCUGGCCAGCAAUAAUCCCACCUCGUCGUCACCGGCCACUCCGCGACCGAAUCCCCGUCGCAUACUCCGCAAUGAUUCCACCCCCACGAUCACAUCAUAUUUCCUUCCUGUCGGUCGCGAAUCGCCAGACCCAUUAGAUACCAUCUCCCCCUCCGCGACGGCCAACUCGUCGGUCUCGCGGAGGGUCGCCCCGGCGGGGACACCCUCCGCCGUCACCACCGCCGCCUCCUCUUCCGCCCGUCGCCCGCGCCGCUCAACUGCCGCCGCUGACCCCGAGCCUGAGGCAGCUGCAACGCCUAUACAGCAGCCCAUAUCGGCCUCGAUCGCAUCUAAACCCUCUCAGCCUGCCCCGGAUGCGACCCCACAGCAGCCGACAGUUCCGACCGAGCAGCCCUCUACCGGGCGCGAGCAACGGCGCUCCCUCCGCUCUCACGAUGGUGGCUCCCGCGCGCGCAGCGAGCUGGCGCUCUACUUUCCCAACUAUGAGGAGCUCCUCAGUAUGGAGCCGCCAAAGACCGAGUUCCUUGCGGGUAAUACCACCAUCAAACUCCUCGACGACCUCUCCGAACCGCUCAUACCGUCCUCCGACCCCAUUUCUGAUACCGAUACACCCUUUGGAAACCCUCUCGUGAACCUCCACAACUGCGAAACAAUCACCCUGCCCGAUCCUUCUACCUCCCCUCCCAUACCUCCCACCACCGAAGAUUCCACUACAACCUCUCCCGACCCUCUUAGCGAAGAAACCUACUUCCGCCCGCACCGGCGCAAUGAGCGACAAGAAAAGCAACUGCGCAACAUCGAGCGCGACCGCGCCCAGCACGAAAAGCAAAACUUAGACCGUCUCCUAGAUGACCUCCAAGGCCACGACUGGCUGCGCGUCAUGGGAAUCACCGGACUGAUCAGCGACCCGGAGCGCAAACACUUCGAGUCCAAACGCACCUACUUCAUCCGGGAGAUCUCCGCCGUCCUGCAGAAGUUCAAAAUCUGGAGGGAGGAAGAAAAGCGCCGCAAGUCAGAAAAGGACAAGCCAGCUGAGGAAGAGCCCGUCCCACCCACCACCGCUAGCAAUAGCAAAAAGGAUCACUCCCCAGAGACAACAGCCACAUCCACCAACGGCGACGCAGAAGACGGCACCACCCCGUUAUCCGACGCCCAAAGCUGCGGCGGAGAUCCCCCAGACCCCAACGACGUCGACGCCUGGGCAGCAAGACAACUACAUCAGGAAGCAAGAUCCGCCACUAAAACAACAACCACAGCAAACACCACAAACCCUACCACCCCAAGUAACUCAACGGGCAAGAAACUAACCAAACCCUCAUCCUCCACUAAACACAAAGCCACCGCCUCCAACAUAGCCCCUCCUCCUCCACCACCACCGCCACUAGCAGAAAUAUUACCCCCCGAACCCACCAAACCCUUCACCUCCUUCUACUCGAAACCCCAUCUCCGCGAACUAGCCCUCGCUGGUCCAGCCCGGAAAGGUCGAACCCGCUUAGCCUUCGGACAACCUAUUCCCGAGAUUGAAGAUCGCGAGUUCGAGCUUCCUGCGGAAAUUCUCACGCCCGAGGCGAUCGAUUCGUGUCGACGGAAGAGGCGAAGGAUGAAGAGAGCAAGUGGACGCGGGGAGACGGGGUAG